GAUAAAGCUCAGACUUCUCCCAGUGUGAAGUGAGGCGUGUGGAAGAGCAUUGUCAUGGCUGUCACAUCUUCUCCAGGCUGCUGUCCCGAGAGGGACACUUGCUUUAGCGUCAUAGGCAGCCGUUUGGGCCUGUGAGUUAAAGGACUGUUUUCUACCAGGUGGAAGUUACAACUCGGAAACUUCAAUGCUAGCCCAACCUCGACCCUUUAGGAAUAUUUAGUUUCACUCCAAGUUUCAGCUCUUAUGUAGGAGCCAGAAUGUUUCCGAGUUGAAAAUAAAGGGAACUAUGUAGUGUGCCUUAAUUACCUAGACCCAGAGUGGGUACACUUUUCCUGAAAGGGCCAGGUUGUAAAUAUUUGGGGCUUUGUGAGAGGUGAGACAAAACGGAGGAUCUUAUGCAGCUGCUUCUAGCCAUUUUAAUUUUACUUAUUUCCUCCAUGAGAGAAGGAGACAGAGCAUCCCUGGUAAGUUCUCGAUACCAAGAUCCAUCUCCAGUCUUCAGCCUCACAUCACGGGGAGACGUAUGCCCAGCAUAGUCAGGGAGGCCUUCAGACUUGAACCGGACAUCUUCCUGUGUGGGGUUGCCUCUCAGAGUAUUGCUUUUUACUGCUGAGCCACUGCCUGCUCUCCUCCCCAUAACCAUUUAAAGUAUACUUAUUUGGAAAUCUAACACCACUCAAGGCUCCUGGGUCAUGCGCAAGCAGGCGGUGGACUAGACUUGGCCAGGGGGCCACAUGGCUGCCAGCCCUUCUCCGGGUGGUCAUAACAUCACUAAUGAAGAAAACGAUCUUGUCUUCUCUCUGACAGCCGCAUGACUGGAGGUUACGGAGUGAUGGGUGACGACGGGUCUAUUGAUUACACUGUUCACGAAGCCUGGAACGAAGCCACCAAUGUUUACUUGAUAGUGAUCCUCGUUAGCUUCGGUCUCUUCAUGUACGCCAAGAGGAAUAAAAGGAAAAUCAUGAGAAUAUUCAGCGUGCCACCUACAGAGGAAACUUUGUCAGAGCCCAACUUCUAUGAUACGAUAAGUAAAAUUCGUCUGCGACAGCAGCUGGAAAUGUACUCCAUUUCAAGGAAGUAUGACUAUCAGCAGCCACAAAACCAAGAUGACAGUGUGCAGCUGUCACUGGAGUGAAGCCUCCGAAAACGCGAGCAUGAGCAGCCCGCGUUGAGCAGUAGAGUAGAGAGCGCCUGACCCUGCUAAAUCAUGAACAGCAUAAAAACUCUGUCUGCCUGAGAUCAUUUUACUCAUGACCUUCCCCAGCCUUUCGGUGUGCGGUGCUUUGCUCUUCUAACUGCAUCUCCAAUCCAUUUGUUCCACAAAUACAAAUGGCCCAAAAGGCCUGGACCCGGAGAGCCUGCAUAUACCCCGGAAGACACAGGAUGACCAGAGGCAGCAACUUCCCCUUGAGAAGACCUUGGACUUCUUCAGGACAUCAGUCACAAGUAAAAACACAUCUUUGGAAGCAAGAAUCCUGGAGCUUAUUCCACUUUGAUCAGAACAUUUUACAAAAUUAAAAAAAAAAAAUCCAGCCAUUGAAACAACUUCCUCUUAGAUUGUAUUCUGUGAAAAAUGUAAUACGAGUAAUAUUCAAAUGCGUGUUUCUCAGAAUUGCUGGUGGCUGUUUCAUUGACUUAAUGAUCCCGCCUGUUCGGGCCUUGUGUGGUAGACUUUCCUUUCACGUCAUGAAGCACCCCCAUCUGCUAAUGAUAGAAGCUUUCUGUCACUGGCUCCCCCACCCCAUAGUUGUGUCUCCUUAGUUGUGUCCCCAGAAGUUGCCUUUAACUAUUUUUUUAGUCCUACCAGGUUCAUUUCUACCUGAUGAAUCUCCUUAGCCACACUGGGGCCAGCUCUUGGGUAACUGGACACAUUUCUAUUGACAUUGGCUUCCUGCUUUUCAGUCAUAUGACCAUCACUGUUUAACUAUUCCGUCAGGUGACGUGUGCUUUUUUAGCAUGAUGCGCUUCCCAAAGACCUGCUUAUCUUGUUUCAUUUUGUACUGUACGAUGAAAUGUUUUUACCUGAUUUUUCAUGUUUAUUUAAAUAAAUCUGGUUGGAGGUAGUAGAGGCACUGUU